CCCUCCUCUGCCUCCCGAGUGCUGGGAUUAAAGGCAUGCACCACCAAAGCCCUGCAUGAUAUUGACUUACAAUGUAAAGUUAGCAAGGUCACCAAUUGCAGCCUAAGGAAGCACUAUUGGAAUGCAAAUCUCUGCAGAUCUGGAAAAAUUCUUUGGGUUUCUCACUGUAAGCACAUUGUUACCUUAAGGGAGGUGCUGCUGUCACUUAGGCUUCACUAGCCAAUCAGGACCAUCACACAAACCUGCCAGUCAGGAGAAUCCACCGCUCUUCCGGGUGCCAUGUUGAAUUCUUGGAUUUGUAGUGGAGCACGACCAGUGGUUUUGUGAGCUGUGAGCACUGCUGCAGGGAGCUGUGAAGGAAGCAUGGCCGAGUCGGGAAGACCUGACAAGAAUACAGUGACUUAUGAUGAUGUGCAUGUAAAUUUCACAUCGGACGAGUGGGCUUUGCUGAAUCCUUCUCAGAAGAAUCUCUACAAAGAAGUGAUGCUGGAUACCUACAGGAACCUCACUGACAUAGGCUACAUUUGGCAAGACAAUAAUAUUGAAGAAGCUGAUCAAAUACCUACACAAUAUGGAAGGUAUGAAAAAAUUCAUACUGAAGAAGAAUCCUCUCAGCAUAUUAAGUGUGGUAAAGCCUUUGUACAUCACAGUUAUCUACGAAUGCAGAAAAGAACACAUACUAGAGAAAAAUCUUUUGAAUGUACUCAGUGUGGUAAAGUCUUUGUAAGUCACACUUAUCUCCAAAUACAUGAAAGAAUGCACACCCGAGAGAAACCUUACAAAUGUAAUCAGUGUGAUAAAGGUUUUUCACACUGCAGUAGUCUUCAAGACCAUAAAAGAACACAUGCUGGAGAGAAACCAUACGAAUGUAUUCAUUGUGGUAAAGCCUUUGCAUACCAAAGUAGUCUUCAAGACCAUAAAAGAACACAUACUGGAGAGAAGCCCUAUGAAUGUACUCUAUGUGGUAAAUGCUUUGCACAGCACAGUUAUCUUCAACAUCAUAAAAAAAUACAUAUUGGAGAGAAACCCUACCAAUGCAAUCCAUGUGAUAAAGCCUUUGCACAACAGAGUAAUCUCCAAGUACAUGAAAGAAUGCAUGCUGGAGAGAAACAUUACAAAUGUAAUCAAUGUCGUAAAGCCUUUGUCUAUUACAAAAAUCUCCAAAUUCAUGAAAGGAGACAUACUGGAGAGAAGCCAUACAAAUGUGAUCAAUGUGAUAAAGCUUUUGCAUACCACUGUAGUCUUCAACAUCAUAAAAUAACACAUACUAGAGAUAAACCCUACAUAUGUAACCAAUGUGAUAAAGCCUUUGCACGUCAUGGUAACCUUCAACAGCAUAAAAGAACACAUACUGGAGAGAAACCCUACAAAUGUGAUCAAUGUGAUAAAGAUUUUGCACACCGCAGUAGUCUUCAACGCCAUAAAAGAACACAUACUGGAGGGAAACCCUAUAAAUGUAAUCAAUGAGGGAAAGGCUUUUUGUCACAGCAUUCUCUUCUAAGGCAUAAAAAAAGUUAUUCUGGGGAGAAAAUGAAUUAAUGUAAUUAAGGUAACCAAUGUAAUCAAUGUGACAAAACCUUUAUGAAACAGACUUGUCUCUGACUAUAUAAAAGUAGACAUGCUGGAUCUAAACAUUGUGGUACAGCCUUUGCAUGUAGCAGUAAUUUUUGAAAUCAGGAGAAAAAUGAAACUUCAAAGAAACCCGUUAUGUAGUAAGCAUGGUAUUGUAAAGUUCAUGGUAGUUUUUAUACAAGAAUAUUACCUGUAAUGUUUAAUCAAUCUGUUAAAACAUUUGCAUGUAAUAAUAAUCUUUAAGGACAUAAAGUAAACAUUGAAGGCAGUAUGAGUACCAUAUCUUUUGUAAGAUCAUUAGCGAAUGCAAUACAUUCACUUAUACAAAAUUAGUUACUCUGUAGAAAAAAAUCUGAAACGUGUCAACAUUCUAUUCAUUCAUGAUGCUGUCAUUCUUUGUUUUGUUUGUACCUGCAAAUUGAUAUGGGCAAAAGCCUCUAAAUGUAAAACAAUAAACUUUAUGAUUUCACA